AUGCUACCAUUCUGUGGAAAACGUGAUCAAUAUGAUAAGCAUAAAUUGUAUCUUUUUAAAUGGGAUGGAUCUAUUAUUUUAAAUGUUCUUCCCCCAUCACUUUUCACAACUAUUGUUGCAGUAGUUGUAUGUUUUAUUUAUAAUCAUUAUCAUAUCGACAUUAGCAUUCAUGUAACUGUAACACCUGUGCUCGCGAUUGUAGUUGGUUUGUUGUUAACGUAUAGAACGAAUACUGCUUAUGAUAGGCAAGGGAAACGUCUUUGGUCAACAAUGAAAGUUGCCCUUAGAGGUUUAACGCGUCACAUUUGGAUAAAUGUUGACCCUAAAAGUACCAAAGAUUCACUAGAAAAAGAGACAGCAAUCAACCUCCUUAUAGGUUUUGCAUUUUCCGUGAAGCAUUACCUUCGAGAAGAAGGAAUUGAAUAUGAUGAUCUUAAACCUUUUAUUUCAAAUAUCGGAAAUAUCGGAACUGUUAUUCCGGAGUCAGAACCAUUAGAAGAACAAGAAGAUAAAGUUCUUGAAAAGGACAAAAAAAAGAAUCCGAAAAUAGAAAUCAAAACAUUUAAAUGGAUAAUAAACAAGUUAUUUAAGACAAAAAAACAAAGACAACCAAUUAAAAAUUAUAAUUUACCUUUAACAAUCACAUUUUAUCUCACAUCUUAUGUUGAUAAACAAUUUAACAAUAAGAUUAUUGAUCAACCAACGACUCAAGUUUUAUUUAAUAACUUGAAUGCUCUUAUCGAUUGUUUAUCUGGCUUUGAAAGAAUUUUAAGAACACCAAUUCCCAUGGCAUAUGCAAUUCAUUUAUCACAAACAGUUUGGAUUUAUUGUAUUAGUUUAUCAUUUCAAUUGGUUUCUUUGAUUCAUUAUGUUACUAUUCCUGCGGUGUUAAUUUCAUCUAUUAUCCUAUUUGGUAUCGAAGCAAUUGGUGAAGAAAUUGAGAAUCCGUUUGGAUAUGAUCAUAAUGAUUUGGACUUGGAUGGCCUUUGCGAAAAUAUUAAAGAAGAAAUUGAAACGAUCACAAAACAUUCAAGACCAACAGGUGAAAAUUGGGUAUAUGAUCAUACAACUUCGAUGAUUGAAAUUAAAGAAAAACUUUCACGUAAUUCUUAUGGUAGUACUUUAGAUGGAACAUUAUAUGAAGAUGAAAUCUCUCCUUAUUCUGAUAUAUAA